GGCAGUUUUUCCGCCGGCUGUCUGAUGGAAACAGGAGUCAGAUUUGCAGCCGCUGCAGUAAAACCGAUGAAAACCAAGUGAAACGAGUGCAGUUUGAGGUUGAAGCGGGAGCCGACGUCUUUUUGGCUGCAGUAACUGGUGUUCUGCUCGUUUCCAGCGGCACUUUAAUGCUUCAGUUGGAUGGUUUUCCUACUGGAGACGGUGUUAAGGCUGAUCGAUCGGCUGGCAGACUGACUGGAUCCAUGAUGGAGCUACAGACGCUACAGGAGGCUCUGAAGGUGGAGAUCCAGAUCCAUCAGAAACUGGUGGCCCAGAUGAAGCAGGACCCUCAGAAUGCAGAUCUGAAGAAGCAGCUCCACGAGCUCCAGGCAAAGAUCACAGCGCUCAGCGAGAAGCAGAAAAAGGUGGUGGAGCAGCUGAGGAAGGAGCUGCUGGUGAAGCAGGAGCCCGACAACAAGCUGCAGGUCCAGGCCGCUCCAGCAGGGGGCGACGUGAAGCCGGUGGGCCUGCUGCAGAGCCAGCACCUACCUGGAGGACUGCAGCAGACGCUGACGGUCACGCCGGUCAUCACCACCAAGACGCUACCUCUGGUUCUGAAGGCCGCCACGCCCACCCUGCCCGGUGCCGUCCUGCCGCAGCGCCCGCCCACUGUCGCCAUGGUGACCGCCGCCAUCGCCAAGCCCGACGCACAGAACGCCCCCAUCAACCUGCAGGUGGCCAGCAAGCCGUCCAAUCAGGGCCCGGAGCCUCUGCGGGUGGUGUCCAAGAACGCCAUGGUGGUGCAGGCCACCACCACCUCCGCCCAGCCAAUCAAAGUUCCUCAGUUUGUCCCUCCUCCUAGACUGACGCCUCGGCCCUCCUUUCAGCCACAGGUCAGACCUAAGAUGGCCCCGCCCACCAACAUCCCCAUCGCCCCGGCGCCCCCCCCGCCCAUGAUGGCGGCCCCCCAGCUGCUGCAGAGGCCCGUCAUGCUGGCCACCAAGCUGGCCACCUCUCUGCCCUCGGCGGCGCCCAUCCACCAGGUGCGCAUCGUCAACGGCCAGCCCUGCAAGGCCGGCACCCCCCUGACCGGCAUCGUCAUCACCACGCCCGUCUCGCCCGUGCCCCCCCGCCUCGCCAGCCCCGCCCAGGCACCCAGCAACCCGCCGCCGGCCCCGCUGCCGGCCCCCCCCAUCCAGAUCAGCAGCCUGACCACAGAACCCAAGCCGACUGUUAAACCAGGAGGAGCGGAGCAGAAGGCCAUCCCCUCCUCCUCCACCCCCCCUCUGUCCCCGCCACCCAGACCCAAGAAGGAGGAGAACCCCGAGAAACUGGCCUUCAUGGUGUCGUUAGGCCUCGUAACACACGACCACCUGGAAGAGAUACAGAGCAAACGGCAGGAGAGGAAGAGAAGGACGACGGCCAACCCGGUGUACAGCGGAGCCGUGUUCGAGCCCGAGAGGAAAAAGAGCGCAGUGAGUUACCUGAACAGCCCUCUCCACCAGGGGACCAGGAAGAGAGGUCGCCCACCCAAAUACAGCAGCGUCCCGGAGCUGGGCAGCCUCACCCCGACCUCCCCCUCCAGCCCCGCCCCCCCCCCCCCCCUGCCCAGCCCCAGCUCUGGGGAUGUAAGUAACCACGGGGGAGACGGGGAAGACGGGGGAGACGGGGGAGACAUCCAUGAGGAUUUCUGCACUGUGUGCAGACGCAGUGGCCAGUUGCUCAUGUGCGACACGUGUUCUCGUGUUUAUCACCUGGACUGCCUGGAUCCACCCCUGAAAACCAUUCCUAAAGGCAUGUGGAUCUGUCCAAAAUGUCAAGACCAGGUAACCACAGCAGCAGCCAGGGGGCGGGGCCUCCCAGGUGGCCUGUGGGCCCCAGGGGGCGGGGCUUCAGAGGGACUGGCCCCCCCAGGGGGCGGGGCACCUGAUGGGGAGGGGACCCCCCCAGGGGGAGGGGCUUCAGAGGGACUGGCCUCCAGAGGGAGGGGCCCCAGGGGGCCUAUUCUUAAGAAAGAAGAAGCCAUCCCCUGGCCCGGAACCCUGGCUAUCGUCCAUUCCUACAUCGCUUACAAAGAAGGUGACGGCACAAAAUGCAUGGAGACCAAAAACGGCAUCCUGGCCCGUCAGAAGGAGAUGCAGCUCUCUCUGGACAAGGUCAAGCACCUGAUCCGCCUCAUCCAAGCCUUCAGCUUCAACCAGGCGCUGGCCGAGACGGAGGCCAGGGCGCCCCGGGGGCAGGACCAGGCCCCGCCGGCGGGGGCCGCCACGCCCCAGGCGGGGGUCGCCACGCCCCAGCGCCUCAGGCGGGGGGGACUGCGCCCCAGGAAGGGGGGGCCGCGCCCCAGCCGGGCAGCUCGCCGCUGGGCAGCUCGCAGGAGGAGCCGGCGCCGGUGGCGGGCGGCGCCGCCGGGAGCUCGCCGCCGUCGGCAGACCCCUGCCCCGCCGGGGGGGGGGGCGGCGGACCACGUGGAGGCCGGGCCCCAGGCGGAGGGGGGGUCCAGGCCUGGGACUGAGGCGGCCACCACCAACGGCACGGCCGAGCCCGCCUGCCCCGCCCACAGCCCCCCCGCCGCCGCCACCGGCGCCGCCAUGGACCCUGCAGCGGGGGGGGGCAGCACCAACAACAGCAAAACCUCAGAACCCUCCCAGCAUUCUGUGCCAGCUCUGCUCAGCAGUUUGGACCCUCAGAAGUAA